AUGGGGAAAAUACAUGUAGUUUGCAAAUGUACAUUUGGCCUGCCAAACAAAAAUGAUGGUCGUCAGUUUAGUCAAGACUCGUGUGGUUAUGCUAGCUGUAACCCUGUCAAGGAUGGAAUGAUCAACGUCCAUCUUGUUCCACACACACACGAUGACGUGGGUUGGUUGAAGACCGUUGAUCAGUAUUACUACCAGGAAUUGAAUCAUAUCCAGGUUCAGUUCAUCUUGGAUUCAGUUAUACCAGAGUUGGACAGAGACCCAUCAAAGCGAUUUAUCUAUGUGGAGAUUGCUUUCUUUGCCCGGUGGUUCCGAGAACAGCUGGACCCCAUGAGACACACAGUUAAGCGGUUGGUUAAUGAAGGCCGUCUGGAGUUUAUCCUUGGUGGAUGGUGCAUGAACGAUGAGGGUGCCACUCACUACAAUGCCAUCAUAGACCAACACACACUCGGCUUUGAGUUUCUACGGACGAGUAUUGGAGAUUGUGCUCGACCGAGAAUCGCAUGGCAGAUUGAUCCAUUUGGUCACUCCAGAGAACAAGCAUCCAUUUUCGCUCAGUUUGGAUUCGAUGCUCUGUUUUUUGGUCGUCUUCACUACCAAGACAAAGCUAAAAGACUGAACACUACAACUCUGGAAAUGGUGUGGCAUGGAAGUCCACAAAACCUAGGAGAAAAGUCUGACCUGUUUACAGGAGUGAACUACAACCUGUACAAUGCUCCUGAUGGUUUUUGCUAUGACAUCCACUGUGAUGAUCCUCCAAUUAUGGAUGAUGAACGAAUGCAUGAUUACAAUGUGAAUGAGACAGUUGAAAACUUCCUCAAGGCAGUGAAAGAUCAGGCCAGCCAUUACGCGACAAAUCACAUCAUGAUGACGAUGGGCUCGGACUUCCAGUAUCAGAACGCUAACAACUGGUUCAAGAACCUCGACAAGCUCAUUCAGUAUGUCAACAGUCAGCAGUCGCAGGGCAGCAAUGUGAACUUGAUUUAUUCCACACCUUCCUGCUACACAUUCCAAGUGAACCGAGCAAACAAGACGUGGACCACCAAGACAGAUGAUUUUUACCCAUACGCUCAACACGAGCAUAGCAUCUGGACGGGUUUCUACACCAGUAGGGCAGCUCUCAAGGGUUACGACAGGCGAACAAACAAUUUUUUACAGGUUGUUAUGCAGAUGGAUGCCUUGGCUAAACUAGAAGACACGGACAACAGCACAUACAACAUUCAGAUACUCAAAGAGUCAAUGGGAGUUAACCAACACCAUGAUGGAAUUAGUGGGACGUCCAAGCAGGUUGUGGCUGAUGAUUAUGCUGAGCGUCUUGCCAGUGGAGUAAUGGAAGGACAGAAAGUUGUGAAUGAUGCAUACCGGAAACUUCUUCCCAUUGGCCAGUCCACAGCACCAGGACAAUCCUUCUGUACACUGCUCAACAUUAGUUACUGUCACGUCACGGAAACAAACUCAGAGUUCCAAGUGCUUAUGUAUAACCCGAUUGGUAGAAGUGUGACGUAUUACAUGGAGAUCCCCCUCCCGGAUCACAGUGUUACAGUGACUGGACCCAAUGGAGAAAUAGUUCCAUCCCAGGUCUAUCCCAUAAGUCCUGGCACACUGCGAAUUCCUGAAAGAAAUGGGUCACUUGCAACAUAUCAGAUAUUUUUUGAAGUACAACUUCCUCCCUUGGGUUUCAGUACAUACUUUAUAAAACAAGAUGGGUCACUAAAGUCUCCACCAAAGAUUGGCUACAGGCGUAUAAAUGGUGGUCCUGAUGUAGUAAUUGGAAACGAGUACAUAUCUCUAACAUUUGAUGGAAGUUCAGGAAAGCUAAAACAAAUGAAGAACCUGAAGAAAAACAUUGAUAUUGAACUGAGCCAGGAAUAUAUGUACUACAUAGGGUUCCCUGGCAACAGCAGCGAGCCAAAAUUCCAAGCAUCCGGUGCCUACGUGUUCCGGCCCAAAGGAACUGUACCUCAUAAUAUUACAGUGGAAGCAUCCGUCAACAGCUUUGUUAGUGAGGGUGUACUUGUACAGGAAGUAUAUCAAGUGUUUAGCAGCUGGUUGACACAAGUCGUACGAGUUUAUGAAACUAAGCAAUAUGCAGAAUUUCGGUGGACUGUUGGACCAAUUGCAAUAGGUGAUAAGACUGGAAAAGAAGUGAUCAAUAUGUUCAGAACAAAGUUGAAGUCAGAAUCUCUAUUUUACACCGAUGCAAAUGGGAGAGAAAUACUUCAACGAAAACGUAACCACCGGGACACAUGGAAGUUGAACCUGACAGAACCUAUUGCUGAAAACUACUAUCCAGUAAACAGCAGAAUAUACAUUCAGGACAAGUCUAAGAAUAUCCAGUUCACUGUGUUGACAGACAGAUCAGAGGGAGGCUCCAGUAUUCAAGAUGGUGAACUAGAAAUAAUGGUACACAGGCGUCUGCUGUAUGAUGAUUCUCUCGGUGUUCAUGAACCUCUCAAUGAGACUGGGUUAGACAGAAAGGGUCUUAUUGUGAGAGGUUCUCACUACAUGUUUCUGGACUCCAUCGACUCAUCUGCUGCUCUGCACCGCGACCUCGCGGAGAAACUCUUCAUGGCUCCGUCCAUCUCAUUCACUACAGAAAAAAUGGCCUACGCUGACUGGAGUAAAAAGUUCAGAACAAAUUGGUCUGGUCUGAAGCAAUCUCUGCCUGACAAUGUCCACCUUCUGACACUGGAACAGUUUGCCGGGUCGGGCCCCGCCCCGUCCGUGAAACAGCCGUACCUCCUGAGACUGGAACACUUCUAUGAGAGGAACGAGGACACUCGACUGUCACAGCCAGUCACCGUCUCACUGAAGGAUCUGUUUGUGCCGUUUGAUGUUACAAAUGUUGUUGAACUCACUCUUGGAGCCAACAUGCCACUAUCUCAGUUAAACAGACUCAAGUGGAAGACAACAGAUGGCCAGCCAAAGAAAGAUACGACUUUGAGAUUUGAACCAGCAUCCUCAAGUGUUGAUCCUCUCUCCAUCACGCUGGACCCAAUGGAAAUACGAACCUUCCAAGUGGAUAUCAGCUAACAUAUAAUAUUCAUGUCAUAUACAAAUAAUCACUGAUUGAAAGAUAAAGCAAAACUUUACA